AUGGCGGCUUUCCCGUCAGGCUUGGAUGAUGAAGAGAAGAGGAGAUUUUGGGAGGAUUUAGAUGAGAUGGUGAUGAGUGUACCUAGUAAUGAGAAGAUUUUCAUAGGAGGCAAUUUCAACGGGCACGUAGGGUCUUCUUCGAAAGGUUAUGAUGAUGUGCAUGGAGGCCAUAGGUUUGGUGUAAGAAAUGUUGAAGGAGUGGAACUUCUAGAUUUUGCUUGGGCGUUUAGAUUGGUGGUAGUUAAUUCAAACUUUCCAAAGAAGGACGUUCACUUGGUUACCUUUUGUAGUUUAGUGGCCAAGACUCAGAUUGACUUCUUGGUCCUUAGGAAAGGAGAUAAAGGUUUUUGUUAG